AUACUCGGCAUUGACACCUCAUGUGAUGAAACCGCUGCUGCAGUUGUUGCUGAUGGUAGGGAAGUACUUUCCAACAUUGUUGCUUCGCAGGUUGAAACACACCAAGAAUAUGGUGGCGUUGUACCGGAACUCGCAUCGCGCAAACAUAUUGAAGCGAUUAACUACAUUGUGAGUAGAUCGUUGGCAGAGGCGGGUGUCACAUUUAAGGACUUGGAAGCGAUCGCAGUGACAAAUCGUCCCGGCUUAAUCGGGGCGUUGCUUGUUGGGGUUGCUGCGGCGAAAAGCCUUGCCUAUUGCCACAAUCUGCCGUUGCUCGGUAUCAAUCACAUUGAAGGACAUAUCUAUGCACCCUUUUUGCGUAUGGUGCAUGAUGCCCUACCAUUUCCACAUAUCUGCCUCACGGUUUCUGGCGGGCAUACGUUGCUUGUCGAAGUUCAUGAGGGGUGGCAAUACAAGGUAUUGGGGAGCACACAAGACGAUGCCGCCGGUGAAGUCUACGAUAAGGUCGCGAAAUACCUCGGACUCGGUUUCCCGGGCGGAAAAGUGAUUGAUGACCUCGCACAGAAAGGUAACCCUUCGGCGGUGAAAUUUCCAAGACCGAUGCGAAAUACCGACGACUACCAAUUCAGUUUUAGCGGUAUCAAGACUUCAGUGCGCUAUUUUGUUGAGAAAGCGCGACGGGCAGGUCUACUUGUGGAGAAUGGACAACAGGCUAUCGAAGAUAUUGCUGCCAGUUUUCAAGCGGCUGUCGUGGAUGUCCUUGUCUACAAAUCGCUGCGCGCAGUGAAAGCCACCGGUGCUGCGGCUAUAACGUUGACGGGUGGCGUUGCUGCGAACAGUCAUCUGCGUGCUUCGCUAAAACUCGCCGCUGCGGAGAUUGGUGCAGAAGUCUACUAUCCACCGAUGAACCUGUGUACGGAUAACGGCGCAAUGAUUGCGGGAAUCGCUUACCAGAAAUAUCAGCAAGGGCUCCGAGAUGGACUCUCUCUAAAUGCUACUCCCAAGGGUUCUAUUUUUUAA